AAAGAGCAGAGGCAGAGGGGGAGCAUUAAUUGCAGAAAAGCUAGCUUGGGUUGGCUGUGUAAGAUCGAUCAGAUCAGAAUGGUAGGACCAGUUAGGCCACAGUUUGUGUUGUUUGGAUCAUCCAUUGUUCAGUUCAGUUAUGGCAAUCAAGGCUGGGGUGCUGCUCUUGCUAACAUCUAUGCUCGUAAGGCAGAUAUUGUGCUGAGAGGAUAUGGAGGUUGGAAUUCAAGCAAUGCUCUACAGAUUCUUCAUCAAGUUUUCCCAAAGGAUGCUUCUGUACAACCUUCACUGGUUAUUGUCUAUUUUGGUGGCAACGAUUCAAUGCUCCCUCCAUCUGGGGCGCCUUCUGCUCAUGUUCCACUUGAUGAGUUUAAGGAUAACAUGAGGCGAAUUGCUCGGCAUCUCAAGAGCCUUUCUGAGAAGACUCGCGUCAUCUUUCUCGGUGUUCCUCCUGUCAAUGAGGAUAUGAUCCGCGAAUUUUUUGGUAAUGACACUGGUCGAACCAAUGAGGGCUGCAGGAUAUAUUCAGAAGCUUGUUUGGAGGUGUGCCAAGAGGAAGAGAUUAGGAUCCCAGGCAUUGAUCUUUGGAAUGCAAUACAACGAAAGGAAAACUGGCUGAAAACUUGCUUCGUGGAUGGAAUCCAUCUUUCAGCAGAGGGGAGCGAAGUAGUGGUGGAGGAGAUCUUGAAUGUGCUUAGAGAGGCAGACUGGGAGCCAUCAGUAUACUGGAAGACAAUGCCAAGUGAAUUUUUGGGAAUUACACCGUUUGAUUCGGAGAACCACGUGCAGAUCAUGUGAUCCCCGCUGAGUUGCAGGAGACGGCAAUGCAAAUAGAAUACAAUGGAAAACUCGUUUCCCUUAUCAUGUGUUAGGAUGAUUCAUUAGCCUAAUAAUAUUAUUCAGCAUUAAAUAAUA